AUGCCCUCCUACGUUGCUGAGCAAAGUCGCAAGCAGAAGGUUGAGAGACUGGCUGAGUUGAUCUGGGAGAAGGUAUGCCAGCCUCGUUUAUGUGAAAUCCGGGAAACAGGGGUACUGACACCCACUAACAGCCUUCGACAUCGUGCCACGAGGGAGCUCCUGAGUUGGGCUAGCCAGCUAGAUGGGAGGUGGCCGAGCCACCUUUGCAUUCCUGAUACCGACGUCGAGGGGGAAAAUCCGGAGGAAUGGGGUGAUGAAGAUGAACAUGCUUUUGGCGAUGGCGUCGCUGCUCCUGUUCCCAAGGAUGCGAUUUCCAAAUGCGGGUCAUGCCACUGGUUCGACGGAGAGGAGUGGCACGUGGGUGAUGAGCCCCCGGUGGAGAUGUGGUUUGUUCCCGUGGGUGAGAGCGCUGGGGCCGAUGGUGGUGAUGAAGCCGCCGAUGAAGAUCCUGCCGAUGGCAAUGAAGGCCCCGAUCACACGGAGCCGUGGGAAACCGGCGCCAGUCAUGAUCAUGAGGACUGGGCUGGCGAGGAGGAGUGGGCUCCCGAUGAGGAGCCAUGGGUUCCCAAUGGUGAUGAAGACGUUAAUCAAGCCGAGCACUUGGGUGAGAGUUGGGCUGCUGACGAUGAGCAGCAGUUGACUGCCCAGGACGAGCCAUGGCCUGCCGAUGAUCCCAGUCACCAGGCGGAGCCGUGGAAAGCUUCCGAUGAUGACGGCCCCGAUGAGGAGCAGUGGAAAGCUGCCGAUGAUGAAGGCUCCUAUGAGGAGCAGUGGGAAGCUGCCGAUGAUGAAGGCCUCGAUCACGAUGAGGAGCAGUGGGAAGAGCAGUGGAAAGCUGCCGAUGAUGAAGGCCCGGAUGAGGAGCAGUGGAAAGCUGCCGAUGAUGAAGGCCCCAAUCACGAGGAGCAGUGGAAAGCUGCCGAUGAGCAAGGCCCCAAUCCCGAGGGCGAGCAGUGGACAGCUGCCGAUGAUGAAGACCCCAAUCACGAUGGCACAAGCAUGGCUGAUGAGGAGUGGGAGGCGGCUGUCGGCGCAGAGACCGACAUUUACCCCACGUGGCCAAGGGCCCCGAUCACAAACGUGACCCAGGAGUAUCCUACGAAGGCCGACCGAGAGCGUCUCGAUGAGCCUUCCACUGCCGGGAACAAGAAGGUUUCGAACCCCACAGAGCCCGUGAAUCACGCUGAGCCGAUGCCCACAAGCCUCGAGGACGGUCGUUUGAAGAUAUCGUGGUCGAACAUGGAACACAAGACCAGUCAGAUGUACCACUAA